AGUUCUUUUCUUUUCUUUUUUCUUUUAGGUCAGGGAAAACAAAAACAAAAACAUCCUAGGCCGUUCCUUCAAACGGUCACCUUUCUUCUUCUUCGAAUCUUCAUCUCUGAGAACAGAGAGCGGAGUGUACAAUGCUGAAGACCUUUCACCUCCAAACACAACCGGACUUCUCAAAAUCCUCUCUUUGCCUCUUCAACCCCAUUGUUAAAACAAACACAUCGAAUCAAAACACCAUCUUUGUACCAAAAUCUCCGGUUUUUAGCGUUUCACUCUCACUCUGCCAUCAAAUCCAGAUCCAAAAACAGUUUGUAUGUGCAAGGAAGAAUAAAAGGCGAGCUGGGUCUCUAAGAUUACCAAGAUUGUUGCGCCAAUUGAUGCCCGUUAUUGUGUCUAACCUCAAGAUAUUGCCUAAGCCGCUGGAUCUGGUUAUCGAAGAAAUUUGCAGUGGAGAUGGCAAUGGAGGGGGUUUGGGAAUUUGGAAGGGUUUUGGAGGAGGAGGAGGCUUUGAUGGGUUCGGAAGGAAAAGAAACAGAAAGUUGUUCUUGUUGUUUCUGUUGUAUGGGAUUUUGGUGAUUUCUGGUUUGGGGUUGUUGUUUGGAAGCGUGGUGGAAAGCAAUGUGCUUUGCUGCGGUUUGGGUUUUGGCCUUUCUGGGGUUGCUAUGGUUCAGUGGUGGGAGAAGAUAGGUAUUUUUGCAGUCUUUUUUGGGGGUGUGUUGGUGGGUUUUGGGUUUAAGAGAGAGGAAUUGAAAAAAUGGGGUUUGAAGCUUAGGGCUUGCUAUCCAAUAAUAGAGACUCUAACAUGGAGAACAAGAAGAAGAAGAAGUGGAAGAAGAGCAUUCUAAGAAAAAGAAAGAGAAAGCGUAGUUUUUUUUUUUGCAGUCCUUUUUGGGGGUGUUUUGGUGGGUUUUGGGUUUAAGAGAGAGGAAUUGCAAAAAUGGGGUUUGAAGCUUAGGGCUUGUUAUCCAAUAAUAGAGACUGUAACAUGGAGAAGAAGAAGACGAAGCCGAAGAAGAGCAUUCUAAGAGAAAGAGAAAGCAUAGUUUUUUUUCUUCUUGUAAUGGAUUUU